AUGAGUAACUUACAAUUUCAAGAUGGUAGCUUUAUUCGAGUCAUCUUCGAUCACAAACAGACUUCUAGGGGAUUUGAAAUUUCAGCAGAUCUACAAUUGCUUUGGGAUGAAUUUAAAAGUCGGACUGAUAAAGAAAGAUAUGCUAAAGUCACUAUUCCAAGAUAUAAUAAUCGUAAACCUUUGGUAAAAAUAGGAAACUGUGUGGUUAACGAAGCUUUACCCAUUGGCACCGUUUCAUUAUCGGCCUCUCUUUAUAACGUUUCUCUAUAUGUUCCACAAAUAACUGUUUGCAAGUUUAAACCGGUAUCUUCACCACAAACUUUAGAAUCUAUUACAUUCCUAUUGAAUAGCGAACUUUAUGAUAAGGUUAUUGGUUCACUCACAAAAUCUGAGGUUAUAGAGUUUGUUUUACGGAAAUUUAAUAUACUUGUUGGGACUACUCCUCUAGAAAAUGAAGAGAACCUUUCUAAGUGUAUCUGCAAAGUUAUAAAUACACGACCAUGUAACAUAGGAUUAAUAAACCUUGACGAAACACAAAUAUCGAUAGUAAGAGAUGAUAGUGGACUAUUGCAAGAUUCCAUGAUUUCAACUGUGAUUAAAAUUCCAAAAUCGACAGUUUCUUUAAAAUGUUUGAAGUAUCCGGUUGCAAAGGAGCUAUUGCCAGGUUUUUUAGAACCAGAUGAAAACUUAACUACUGAUGAAGAUGAUGACUUAUAUGCAUUUGCAGGAUUUAAAUUAUUUGAAGAAGCUGGAAUAACAGAUGGUAGUCGUGUUACUGUAUACAAUGACCAUCACUCGAUGAUCUUAAAAUUAUUUGUUCUUCGACAACCAAAUAAUUUAUUGCAGUCUACAUUAUACGUUCAUCCAAGAGUAUUUGCAAACUUUCAGAUAUCCACAUAUGUCAAUAUUUUGAAGUACAGUUUAGAUAGAAAACACAUACCUGUAGCGACAUCAGUAUCGAUCGCUAGAGUAGGUAAUUAUAUUCAGACCCAAAGAAAGUACGAGGAAAUUAUAUUAUCAAAUUUGAAACAUUACUUAACUAGUAAGAUUAGGAUAUUAAGAAAAGAUGAACUGAUCCCAAUAGCAUUUGACUCCAAAUAUACACCAUUACUGAUACCUGAAUUAGAUAAUAACAUAACGGGAAAGUACUAUGAUAAAUUAGUUUGGUUUUCCAUUGAAAGUAUUAGCUUUCAAGAAAAUGGAGAUAUUGGUAAUUUGGAUUCUGAUCAAAGAUUAUUUACUAUUGACCCUCUGAAAACAAAACUUGUGACAGAGAAUAUAGUUUCUAAAAAUCCUUUAAUUAUCAAUAAUGAAAGUUAUAUUUCAUACUUUGGGUUAAAUUCAAACUUCAAAUAUGACUAUAAUAUUUUUACUUAUGCUAAUAAACUAAAAGACAUUUUAAAUGUCUCACAAAACUGUAUUGAACGUAAAUUGGCUAUUAAUACUAAAAUUUUACUUUAUUCAUUGACACCUGGUACCGGUAAGUCAACAUUGGUCAAUUCGUUAGCAUUAGAUUUGGGGUUUGAAUUACUAGAAAUGGACUGUAUGAAUCUCAUUAAUUCAAAUUUGGUUGGCUCCUUGAGUUCAGUUUCUAAAACUGUUGGGUUUUUAAAAGCAAAAUUCGAAUCAUUUUUGAAUUAUUCAUUGCCUGCAAUAAUUUUUUUGACACAUAUUGAUAUUUUACUACAAAAAGGUGAUCCAAAUCAAGAAUCACAAAGCGCUAAUGCAUAUCAGAUUAUGGAUAUAGAAUUUUCAUCUCUUUUGAAUAUAUUGCAGAAACAAUUUCCAUCGACAAUAUUUAUCUUCUCGACAAAUUCUUUAGAUUCUUUACCUAGAAAUUUUAUUUCAAAAAUUAAUUUUGAAAUAGAGGUACAGGUUCCUCAAGAAUCUGAGAGAAGAGAGAUUUUUAAAUGGUAUUUAUCCUCUGAUCAAAUUAAUAAAAUAAAAUUGGAGGAACUUGAAUUUAAGGUUAGUAAUAAUCUGAAUUUAAAUAAUAUUGCACUAAAAUCCGCAGGCCUUCUUCCCGCUGAUCUAAAAUAUGUUAUUGACAACUCUAAACACCGUGCGUUUGAAAGAUUUACUUCAUCAGUGAGAGACGAUUGUGUGCUCAUUGAUGUAAAUGAUAUCGAUUCUGCCAUUAAUGAUGUCCGUGGUGAAUAUGCAGUUUCCAUAGGUGCACCAAAAAUACCUAAAGUUACUUGGGAUGAUAUUGGUGGAGUUGAUAUGGUUAAGGGAGAAAUUAUGGAUACUAUUGAUAUGCCUAUGAAAUACCCAGAAUUAUUUGCGUCAGGAAUGAAAAAGAGGAGUGGUAUCUUAUUUUAUGGGCCCCCAGGCACCGGUAAAACAUUAAUGGCCAAAGCUAUUGCCACCAAUUUUUCAUUGAAUUUUUUUAGUGUCAAAGGUCCAGAGCUUCUUAACAUGUAUAUAGGUGAAUCAGAAGCAAACGUGAGAAGAGUUUUUCAGAAGGCCAGGGAUGCAAAACCUUGCGUAAUAUUUUUUGAUGAGUUAGAUUCAGUAGCACCAAAAAGAGGAAACCAAGGUGAUUCAGGAGGCGUGAUGGAUAGAAUUGUCUCACAGUUAUUAGCAGAAUUGGAUGGAAUGGGAACUAAUGGUGAUGGUGUCUACGUGAUUGGAGCAACAAAUAGACCAGAUUUAUUGGACGAGGCAUUACUAAGACCAGGGAGAUUUGAUAAGUUAUUAUAUCUUGGAAUCCCAGACACAAAUGAAAAACAACUAAAUAUAUUACAAGCUUUAACUAGAACAUUCAAAUUAAGUUCAGAAUGUGACUUGAAGAAAAUAGCAGAACUUUCGCCAUUCAAUUAUUCAGGUGCUGAUUUUUAUGGGCUUUGUUCUGAUGCAAUGUUAAAUGCUAUGACAAGAACAGCUUCUGAAGUUGAUAAAAAAUUAGAUCAAUACAACGCAGUGAAUGUGGAAAAAAUAUCCUUACGAUAUUGGUUUGAUAAUAUUGCUCAAGAAGAAGAUCUAGAGGUCGUUGUUAAAUUAAGUGAUUUUGUUAAGGCGCAAAGACAACUAGUCCCAAGUGUUUCGGAAGAAGAGUUAAAGCAUUAUGUAAGAGUAAAAGCCCAGUUUGAAAGCUGA